AAAUGCAGAAUGUACCAGAGGAAUGGAGAGAAGAACAGAGGGCUGGAGGAGGAGGAGAGGUGGAUGCUAAACCCUGGGAGGGUCGAGAGGCCUUAUUCCAAAUUAACACUGUUAACUCCAAACAGGAUAUGGACAGAGGGAAAGAGAAUGGAGAGACCGGGGUUAAGGAGAGGAGGAAGGAGAAUGUAGAGAUGAUGAACGAAGGGGGAAAGGGGACGGAGAAAGAGUCCCUGAUGAUGGAGCUGACCCGUUUGGUUCAGAAGACAGUGAAGGAGAGUAGCUGGUGGGAGAGGCGAGGCAUUGACAUCACUAUCCUGGUCCUGGCCUUUCUCCUGUUACCUCCAGCGUUUCUGCUGCUGGGCUCAUCCCAGUUCCUGGUGUUUGUCCUGGGCAUGGUGCUGAUGGGGGUGUCCCAUGCUGUCAUUUCCAUUAAGGGAACCCACCUGGCCAGCCACGGAUCGCUGAGCGAGUCCCACGCCUGGGCCGAGUUCUGGGCUGUCUUCUUCAUAGAGGUGUGUGGGUCGUUCACAGCAAGGGCAGGUGUAAUAGGCCACAUUAAGAUGCAUCAUGCCCACACCAACGUGAUCGGCCUCGGUGACUCCAGCACCUGGAAGAUACCCUGUCUACCCCGGAGCGUCUACCUGUUCAUCGCACCCCUGGCUAUACCCAUUAUCACACCUCUGGUGGCACUAGGUCAGCUGAAGGACCACUCGGUGAGCCAGGCCCUGAGGACAGUCCUGAUGGUGUUCCUGGGGUUCUACUCUCAAUACUGGCUACUGAUGCGUGUGUCUGGGUUCCAGUGUCCGUACAGCAGCCUCCUCUGCAUGCUGCUCUGCAGGGCCAUGUUCUCUAUACCUUACAUACACGUUAACAUCUUCCAGCACAUCGGCCUGUCUAUGUUCUCCCCGACCCGCCGGCCCAAGAGGAUUUACCAGAUGACCCACGGGGUUCUGAACCUUCCCCGGAACCCCCUGCUGGACUGGACCUUCGGACACUCCCUCAUCAACUGUCACGUGGAACACCACCUCUUCCCCUUCCUCUCGGACAACAUGUGUCUCAAGGUAAAGCCCAUUGUGUCCCAGUAUCUAAAGGAGAAGGCACUUCCAUACCAGGAAGACACAUAUCUCUCCCGUCUGCAGCUCUUCUUUCACAAGUACCAGGAGCUCAUGGUGUUCGCCCCGCCCAUCACCGAGCUGGUGGGGGUGCAAUGAUGGAGGGGGGAAGGAGAGAGGGAGAAGGAGAGAGGGAGACGGAGAGAGGGAGACAGAGAGGGAGACUGAGAGAGGGAGAUAGAGAGAGGGAGACUGAGAGAGGGAGACAGAGAGAGGGAGACGGAGAGAGGGCGACGGAGAGAGGGCGACAGAGAGAGGGUGACAGAGAGAGGGAGACAGAGAGAGGGAGAGAGAGGGAGACAGAGAGAGGGAGACAGAGAGAGGGAGACAGAGAGAGGGAGACUGAGAGAGGGAGACAGAGAGAGGGAGACUGAGAGAGGGAGACAGAGAGAGGGAGACAGAGAGAGGGAGACUGAGAGAGGGAGACGGAGAG